AUGGCUUUUGCCAACUUCCGCCGCAUCCUGCGCCUCUCCACCUUCGAGAAGAGGCGAUCCAAGGAGUACGAGCACGUCCGCCGGGACCUGGACCCCAACGAGGUGUGGGAGAUCGUCGGGGAGCUGGGGGACGGUGCCUUCGGCAAAGUGUACAAGGCCAAGAAUAAGGAGACAGGGGCAUUAGCUGCUGCAAAAGUCAUCGAGGCUAAGAGUGACGAGGAACUGGAGGAUUAUAUGGUGGAGAUUGAAAUCUUGGCGACCUGUGAUCACCCAUACAUUGUUAAGCUCCUGGGAGCAUUUUAUCAUGACAGCAAACUGUGGAUCAUGAUUGAGUUUUGCCCUGGUGGGGCAGUGGAUGCGGUCAUGCUAGAGUUGGAUCGAGGCCUGACGGAACCCCAGAUUCAAGUGAUUUGCCGCCAGAUGUUAGAGGCUCUUGUCUACCUCCACAGUAAAAAGAUCAUCCACCGUGACUUAAAGGCAGGCAAUGUACUACUGACCCAGGAUGGAGAUAUCAAACUCGCGGACUUCGGAGUGUCUGCCAAAAACAUUAAAACUUUGCAGAGACGAGAUUCCUUCAUCGGGACCCCUUACUGGAUGGCCCCUGAGGUGGUGAUGUGUGAAACCAUGAAGGACACUCCCUAUGACUACAAGGCCGACAUCUGGUCCCUGGGUAUAACGCUGAUAGAAAUGGCCCAGAUAGAGCCCCCUCACCAUGAACUCAACCCCAUGCGAGUCCUGCUGAAGAUUGCCAAGUCUGACCCUCCCACUCUCAACUGCCCUUCUAAAUGGUCCCCAGAGUUCAAAGACUUCCUGAAGACGGCACUUGAUAAGAACCCUGAAACUCGGCCAAGUGCAGCACAGCUACUGGAGCAUUCCUUCGUUAACAAGGUCACCAGCAACCGAGCCCUGCGUGAGCUGGUGGCGGAGGCAAAGGCCGAAGUGAUGGAUGAAAUCGAAGACAAUCGGGAGGAAGGAGAAGAGGAUGAAUCAUCGGAACCUCUAUCUCCCUCUGGGACUCACAAGCGAGGCCCCUCCGAGGUGAGUCAGCUGAGUUUUGAGGGAGAGAAACCUCCAGAAUCCCCCUCCCCACUGGAGAUGAAUGGACCCAAAUUAUCCGUGGAGCCGGCCAAGAAGACUGUAGACAGGCAGAGAAACAGACUCUCAGACGAAGGGAUCGGCAGCGAGAACUCCAUGAAAACCACCAGCAGCUCCGAGUCGUCCGGGACGGAGUAUAGCAGAACAGCCCCCAGCAGCCAGGAAGAGCCAAUCACCAACCCCCAGUCAGGACUGUUGGAUGACAAGGUUAAUCCAAUGGAGGAGAGAAGCCGCCAAAGCAAGCACCUGGAGCCAGUGAACAAAGAGCGUAAAAGCAUUGGGAACUGGCCGGAGAGCAGCCACCUGGAAAAUUCUGCUGGGGAAAAACUUGCCAAUGGGAAUUUGGAUUCUCCUAUUCAGUUUGCCAGCAGUAGGUCCAAGAGGGAUUCGGAUUCUGGCAGCACUUCUGCUUCGGAAAGCAUGGACCUCACCAUCUCUCUGUCUGCUGAUCUGUCCCUUAACAGGGAGAGUGGAUCGCUAUCCCUGAAGGAUUCCAGGAUACACAACAAGACACUGAAACGGACCCGGAAGUUUGUGGUGGAUGGAGUGGAAGUGAGUAUCACCACCUCCAAGAUCAUCAGCGAGGAUGAGAAGAAAGAUGAAGAGAUGAGAUUCCUCAGGCGCCAGGAGUUGCGGGAGUUGCGCCUGCUUCAGAAAGAGGAACACCGGAACCAGACCCAACUGAACAACAAACACCACCUGCAGCUGGAACAAAUGCUGAGGCGCUUUGAACAAGAAAUGACGGCAAAAAAGAAAUUCUAUGACACUGAGCUGGAGAACCUAGAACGUCAACAGAAGCAGCAGAUCGAGAAGAUGGAACAAGAUCACUCGUUACGCCGGCGGGAAGAGGCAAAGCGCAUCCGUGCUGAGCAGGAACGAGACUACAACAAAUUCCAGGAGCAGCUUAAGCAGAAGAAGAAGGAGGUCAAGACCGAAGUUGAGAAGCUUCCCCGGUAUGUGCGCAAGGAGAGCAUGAAGGUGAAGACAGAGGAAUUUGUGCAGAAGAAGCAAGUCUUGGAACGAGAGUUUGUAGCCAAACAGAAAGAGGAUCUGGAGCUGGCCAUGAAUAAUAUUACUAUGCAGAACAGGAAGGAGAUCUGCGACAAGGAGCGUGAGUGCCUGAACAAAAAGCAGCAGCUCAUGAGAGACCGAGAAGCCUCCAUCUGGGAGCUAGAAGAGCACCACCUACAGGAGAAACACCAGCUUAUCAAGCAGCAAUUGAAGGACCAGUAUUUCCUCCAGAGACAUGAGCUGGUCCGGAAGCAUGACAAGGAGCGAGAGCAAAUGCAACGUUAUAACCAGCGAAUGAUAGAACAACUGAGGAUUCGGCAGCAGCAGGAGAAAGGUCGUCUCCCCAAAAUCCAGAGGAGUGAAGGGAAGACCCGCAUGGCUAUGUACAAGAAGAGCCUCCACAUAAACUCCAGUGGGAGCAUGUCAGAACAGAGGGAGAAGAUAAAACAGUUUGCUCAGCAGGAAGAAAAGCGGCAAAAGGCAGAGCGGCAGCAGCAGCAGCAGAAACAUGAGUUCCAGAUGAAGGAAAUGAGUGCCCAGUGUGAGAGCAAUGCGAACGAACUGCAGCAACUGCAGAAUGAGAAGUGUCACCUCUUGGUGGAACAUGAGACCCAGAAGCUGAAGGCCCUGGAUGAAAACCACAACCAGCACCUGAAGGACUGGCGGGAUAUGCUGAGGCCACGGAAGAAGGCUCUGGAGGACGAGCUGAACCAGAAGAAGUGGGAGCAGGAGAUGUUCUUCAAACUGAGCGAGGAGGCAGAUGGUCAGACCCCAGCGUCCCCAAACAAACCUGUCAAGUUCGUUCCCUUCAGCUCUGCAGAGUGCUCAUAA